AAUCGAGUAACGCAUGAUCGCCAUUCUCUGACACACCAGAUAACAUCUCCCUCUGUACCUCACCAGCUCCCAGUACUGUACUCUUAAAUGGGGCAAGAAUUGAAUGUUCAUAAACACUCCGAACAGUACAACAUCCUCCACUCGCACAUCUGGGUAAUAAUACAGUGUAAACCAAAGUAUCAAUAAUAAAGUAUCAAUUAUCAAUACUAAACAAUUACUUUAGGUAUUCUUAUAUUUAUGACAAAGCUUCUUUAUGUAUUAAUGGCAAUAAAGCGUUACUUUGAUGUGAUAUGUAGAAGAAGGAAGAGAUGAAAUGCACAGCUCGAAAAUUGAUGAGUAUUGAAUUCACUACACACACACACACACACACACACACUGCAGAUUUUAAUAUUGCACGCGGCGCCAAAUCAUCUUGUGGCAGCAGUCCCUGAAGCACGAAUAUAAUGGGUGUGGAGAGCCUCAACCCCACCAGUGACGCACCUCCUACCGCAUGUAACUACGCCUCGCCGUCACCCUGGCCACUCACGAUGGUGUCUGGCGUCUUCUUAAUGAAGAUGUUCUUCCUGAUUAGUCAGUCAUCACUAACUGCUGCGCUGUUGGGUCAACCCGCAGCAAUGAAAACACCAGAAGAGCUUGGGAUUGUGGCAGUGAUUGUAUCCCAGAUGCAAUGUCCGACGAUCUUCUUGUUGAACAACCCAAGAAAAAUUCCUCUUGGGUUCAUAAAGGAGUUGGAAGAGUCCCUCGUGCCAAUGGGUAUCAGUUUCUUCCAUGUGUCAGCUGACAACCAGCGCGAAAAUGUAACACAGACUUACCUGUGGCCGGUGGUGGACAAUGUUCGGCAGAUGGGUGAUGCGUUGCACUGUCUGAUGUUGGUGGUGGUGAGUGAUGACCCAGCCUUCCUCGCCGCCUUCGCUCACCUGUCACUCAGACGUCACGCCCUCAGGUGGUCCACGAGGAUCCUUGUCCUCACUCGCCUUCCUUUCAGCCACCUUGACGGUUUGCACGGCCUUCUCUCCAACAAGAACGCUAUGCUGCUCCGAGUGCAAGGGGAGACUGAAAAACUCAGUGUUGGUGUGCACAUCUCGACGCCAUACAGCCCACCCACAAACAUUCCCAGGAAUGUCGCCACCUGGACGGCCAACGCAAGGUGGACUGCUGCCUCCAGCUUCCGGCUUUUUCCGGAAAAAUUUUUGCGAUUUAAUCCAGCGCCGACGCUCACAGUAGCGAUCGAACAGAUGGCACAGAGCAUGGUGCGGUGGGUGGAAGACCCCGCCGCCCCUAAGGGACGCCGUCUUACCUACUCUGGACCUUUGGACGAAUGCAUCAAGUUUUACAGCAAAGGAAUGAAUUUCACGUACAAGUACACGGUAUCUCCAGAGAGGAUCUACGGCGGAAUGUUGCCUAAUGGAUCGUGGACGGGCCUGAUGGGAAUGCUGCUGGGAGAGGAGGUGGUCUUCAUCGCGGUGCCCUAUAUACUAUCACCACAGCGGGCCUCGAUCACCGGCUAUACAACCCCCGUCUUCUUCGGAAAUGUAAAGAUAGUUAGUGGACUCGGAGGACUAGAGAUAGAUCCGUGGGGCUUCCUGCUGCCCCUUACGCCCCUGGUGUGGGUGUCCACCUUGGCGGCGCUGUUGGUUGUGGUGGUUGUCCUAAAGUCAUUUCCCUCCUGUCUGCCCGGCAAGACGCAAGGCGACGGUGACUUACCAACCAACUCCUUCAGCUCUCUCCGCAUCAUCCUGCAGCAAGACGUCGAGUUGUCAGCGAAGUGGUGGUGGUGGGAACGUCUGAUGAUUGGCUUAUGGAUGCUGAUGACGCUGGUGCUGACGAAGAGCUACGCCGGCAACCUCAUGUCCCUACUGGCCGUGAGGUACUUCCCGCAGCCCUUCCAGACACUUAGGGACGUCCUGGAUCACCCGCACGUUUCCAUGAUAUGGCAGAAGUACUCCAGGAAUGAACAGUUUUUAAAAGAUGCUGAGUCUGGGGUGUACAGGGAAGUGGCGGACCUGGAGAAGGAAGGUCGCCUCGCCUUCCACACACAAGGACAGUUAGUGAAGACCUUCGACACCCUAGUGAGAACCGAGGACCACGUGCUGGUUGAGGUGGACAUCACCAUCUGGAACUUGUUAGCCAUGGACUUCUCUCAGAAAGGUCUAUGUGAUUUCUAUGUAUCCAGAGACGGAUUUCUGCCAUUCUAUUCCUCCCUGCUGAGCCAGAAGACCAACCCCAUCAUUGACGGACUCAACCCUUGGGUGUUGGCUCUCAGGGAAUCAGGACUCAUGGAUCACUGGACGUCUGACAUUCCUAACUCUACUAAAUGCAUAACUGUCCCGGAGAAGCUUUUGAUUACCACCGCCUUCUCCGUCAGCAGCCUCUGGGGAGUGUUCGUGGUGCUGGCUAGCGGAGUGGCUGCAAGCCUGAUGGUCUGGGUGGCUGAGCUGCUCAUCAGACACCUUCAGGAGUACUAACCCUCCUACUCGCAUCUUCGCCGACCUCAGUAAAGUAGUACAUUAUCUUGGGAUGUAUUCUGCGCCAUUUAAACUAACAAUCAUAAUAUGGUUGUAAGCGUUGAAAUGUUUUGGUUGUACAUCCUAUGCUGGUCUAAUAAACAGAUGUCUUAAGGGAAAGAUAAUUUCUAUGCGAUUUUUUUCUCGAAAUUACUUAUUUAACUCAGUGUAGAUGUAAUGCACUACGAGACACGUGUAUGUAGUCUGUAACUUCGCUGCAUCCGAAGUGAACGUUGCACACACACACAGACAGACACACACACACACACACACACACACACACUGUAGCUAUUAGUCAUGUAUGAUUCACAACUCAAACACCGUUUAAUAAAUGAACAUGCAGUCAGAAAUAAAAAGGAAGCGCAGAGCUUCACAUCCAGCAGUCCGGCGUGCCACCUGUCCCCGCACACUAUCACCAGCAGAGCAUCAAGACCACGUGCACGGUAAAGAACACAUCUAUGGCAAAUUCCUCAACUAAAUUACUUAAUAGGACAGAAAAGGACUGAUAAUCAAUCCCUCAACAGCUGCCGAGGACCAAAGUGGACGUGGUGUUCAGGUGACGAUGACUCAAGCUCUCUUCCAGCCAACAGAUCUCAGGAAACGCAGCAAAUUUAUUUCCAUGUGGUUCAGUGGGAAAUCUACUCGCACUAUCGCUCGGGAGACAGGCGUCAGUCCGUCCACAGUCUGCAGGUGGAUUAACCGGUGGCGCAAUGAGGGCAGCUUGUACAAUAGGCCUCGUUCUUACUUAGUACACUGGCCUCUCUCUGCUCGUAGGCAGGUUAUGAGUCUUUAUCUGAGGAGUGCAUUUCUUCACAGCCAUAACGGUUGUGUUUAUCUGCAUCCUAAUGUUGCCCGUUGAUGUUCCCCAUAAUAAACAUCCAUUUCGUGUUAUAAUAAAGUAACUUAAUUUUUUUUCAAACCAAACUUUUACAAUGCAUAAUGUUAGAUGAAAUACGUGUUAUAUAGAUACUAUAUUGGAUUAUUUACCAUAUUUGAGGAAAUAUGGCAAACUUUCAUUCAUUUCACAGGACACCCAUCAGAAGUAAUGAUGCAUAA